AUGGCGGAGUUUGCGUUCUCCAGUCGCAUGAUAGAGUAUUACAAACUUACAUCGGUGUCUGUAGUAAGUGGUGGUCGAAUACGGCCGAGACGAUAUUCCUGUCAACUCACAAUCGACACAAACACAGUAAAUGGUCACCUCCAACUGUCUGACAACAACAGGAAGGUGACAUGGGUGAAGAAGGAUCGGUCAUAUCCUGAACAUCCAGACAGAUUUGAUUACUGGUCUCAGCUGCUGUGUAGAAAUGGUCUGACUGGUCGCUGUUACUGGGAGGUCGAGUGGAGAGGGUGGGUUUAUAUAUCAGUGAGUUACAGAAGAAUCAGAAGGAAAGGAGGCAGUAAGGAUUGUUUGUUUGGACUGAAUGCUCAGUCCUGGAGUCUGUACUGCUCUGUUGAUGGUUCUCAUGUUGUCUGUCAUAAUAACAGACAAACACCCAUCUCCUCCUCCUCCUCCUCUGUCUCUAACAGAGCAGCAGUGUAUGUGGACUGUUCUGCUGGCACUCUGUCCUUCUACAGAGUCUCCUCUGGCACUCUGAUCCACCUCCACACCUUCAACACCAAAUUCUUUGAACCUCUUUAUCCUGGGUUUGGAUUCAGCCCUGGUUCCUCGGUGUGUCUGUUCUGA